AUGUCCACCCGUAAGAGAAAGCAAGAGGCUGAGGAGGAGGAAGAGCUCCAAGCGCUCCCUAGCGACGAGAGCGAGGAAGAAGAAGAAUAUGAGGACUCCGAAGUAGCCGAGAGCGAGGAAGGAGAGGAAGAGGGAAGCGAAGAAGAGGAGCUUGAAGAAGAAGAGGAGGGCGAAGAGGAACCAGAGGAACAAGCAGCUCCUCCGGCUUCCAAGAAGCGAAAGACAGCUCCGGCGCCCGAACAAGAGGAGGAAGAAGAAGAGGGCAAGGAAAAUGGCGAAGCUGAAAACGGUGAAGAUGAGAACGGCGUUGAUGAGGAAGAGGAGGAAGCACCGGAAGGCGAGGAAGAUGUCGAGGAAGCUCCUGAAGAGACAGCAAAGACCAGUGCCCCUGCCGCCGCUGCUAGCAAGGCCAAGGCUGGCGAUGUACCUAAGGAAGCCGAGGCCGAUGCUGCUGCAGAGGAGGAGUGA